GCGUUCACAGGCAAGCAGGUUCAGGUGCUCGUGCUCCGCGAUGCCGACAUCGUCGAGCUUGCGAUCGCCAAGACCCUGCGAGACGAGGAGUCGCGUUCGGCGCCUGUCAAGCAGGGAGUUGAGGCUACGGUCAAGGAGCAGCUCUUCGGCUUCGGGUCUGCACCCAAGGGGCGUCAGAAGGCGCUGGCGCGGGAGCCGCGGAUGGCUCACCAGGGGCCUUGGCUGGCUCGGGAGACGCCAGACCCUGCCGCGGAACCGCCUGCGUCCAGCGUGAGCGCUCCAACGCGGGAGCAGGCGGACAGGAAGAACCAGGUCUUGCUUCACCUGCAGUUGGACCGCAUCUCCUCGCCGCAGGAGGCGCUGGCCCAGGCGGUGAAGGAGCUGCAGCAGAAGAAAGCAAGUCCCUCGCCUCGGAGGGCGUCGGCUCCGGCGUCGUGUUCGGCGCCUUCGCAGGGGGCCCUCAAGAAGCGGCGUUGGCGCCGGAAGAGGGCCAAGAAGAAGGAGGAGCUGGAGCUGGAGCCGGGCGAAGAAGUGGCGGCGCAGCAGGCUGCCCCUGCCGCCGGCCUUCGCACGCUCAGCAACAAGGAGAAGAAGGAGCUUAAAAAGCAGCGGAAGCUGCUCGACGUGGAGCGCAGCCUUCGCAGGCCUGGCUGGGAGAAGGACUAA